CUCCUCGGUUGUUUACAGUUUUACUCUUUUAGCUUUAGCCAUAUAGCUCUCUCAGUAAAACCGUUUAAAUCGUGUUUUCAACAUGGGAUGCGACGGCGGAACCAUUCCCAAAAGACACGAACUAGUUAAAGGACCGAAAAAGGUUGAAAAGGUCGAUAAAAAUGCAGAACUCGCUGCCAAAUGGAAAUACUGUGCAUUGAGUCAGGAGAAGCUGAAGCGGCCUAUAGUCGCCUGUGAGCUGGGCAGACUGUAUAAUAAAGAUGCGAUCAUUGAGUACUUGCUGGAUAAAUCAGCGGAGAGGCCGAACACUGAGGUUGUGACGCACAUACGUGGCAUCAAGGACGUGAAGGAGCUGAAUCUCACUGAUAACUCUGCUUGGGAGGGCGAGAGGAGGAACAUUAAAGGGGACUGUUAUGAAGACAUGAACCUCGCCAUGUUCAUCUGUCCUGUGGUGGGACUAGAAAUGAAUGGAAAACACAAGUUUUUCUAUCUGCAGACCUGUGGGUGUGUUUUCUCAGAGCGAGCUGUCAAAGAAGUCAAGACAGAGAUUUGCCACAAGUGUGGAGAUCCUUUCAAAGAAGACGACCUUGUGGUUCUGAAUGGGGCUAAAGAGGAAGUGGAAAAGCUGCAGAAGGCCAUGGAGGAGCGCCGAACAAAGGCUAAAACUGCUAAAAAAUCAAAGAAGAGCAAAGAUACUAAAGUCUCCAAGAAGCAGGAUUUAGAAGUGGCAGAAAGCUGUGAUUUACCCAAAGACGCAUCAGAGACUAAAUCUGCAUCACUGAAUGGAGACGACGGCAGUGAAUCAGCUCCGGGACCGUCCACAUCCGGCGAGAGCUCGAAGACGUUAAAGGCGCCCGUGGGUCUCGUCGUCGGCAGCAAAAGAUCAAUCCAAGCCAUGGGGGAUAAAUCUGAGACCUACAAGUCCCUCUUCACCUCCCACAGCUCUGCCAAACGUACCAAAGACCAGAUCUCCAACUGGGUCACACACACACCGUACCACUUUUGAGUGCGCUCUUCCUAGUGAAGCUCGCUCUCUAGUGGUCAGGCUUUGGCGGAGCGACACUCUGCUGGAGUAAUGCAUUGUUUUAGCUUAUUU